AUGACCGUCAACGCAAGGUCUUCACAGGCACCACUUGGUAAUUGCAGAAAAUCUUUUACCUCUUCAAGGAAACAUAGACUCUCUAAAACUAAAGAACCAUUGGUAACCAACAAGAAGAAAAUUAAAAUCAAGUCAACCUCAUUGAUUUCUUUAUGUUCGCCUUUUGUUAUACCUGAUGAUACUAGAUUGGUAUCCUAUCAAUUGGAAAGGGAGAGAUAUCCAAAUAUUGAUGAUUUCUCUUUAAUUUAUGGUCCAUUGGAAUUAAAUGAUAGACUUUUAUCAAGUUUUUACUCGUCAGUCACCUCUAAUGAUAAUAAUGGUAAUAGACAGUUCCAUUUGAAUUGCUUGCUUAAUUCGAUAUCGUUGAUCAACAAUGACGUUCCAAUGGAUUAUUAUACUGACAGUGACGAUUUGCUCCAUUUGGAGGAUGGAUUGGUUACUGAUGGAGAAUCUUCAGAUGAUGAUGACGUUUAUAACUAUGAUGAUGAUGAUGAUAAUGAUAAUGAUAAUGAUAAUGAUAAUGGUGGAUCCGAAAAAGUCAAGUCCGAAAAAUUACAUAUUAAUGCAAAUGCUAAUAUAAACUCAAAUAUAAAUUUGAAUGCAAAUCUACUAAAACAUACCAAUGCUACAAUUUUAGUUGAUGAUAUCAUGGAAAAAACCAUCUCCGACAUCACCGACUCGGAUAACCAUGAUACCAUUCAAAUAGGCAUUGCCAACUACUAA